UAUAAGUUUGUUGUUGAUAAGAAAAGACUAUAAUAAAAAUAUAGCUCAACAUGUAUGUUUUUCUAGUAGCAUUGCUUCAAGUACAUUUAUGUAAUAGUGCAAAUAUUCAAACCAGACAGCAAGAUGAAUAUGUUUUAUAUCAAAAACCUAACGUUAACGUCAUAAGCAGUUCAAACACUAAGUCUCUUCCAAUGAAGCUAAUGAGUUUUCAAAAGAAUAUAGACGUUAAAGUACAAGAAGCGAUAGGCUCCCGAUGGCCGUUGGGGGUUGUAUUGUACUAUUUAGAUAGCCAAAGUUACGAUAACAUCAUAGCUGGACGUCUACGGUCGGUUAUAAAUAUAUUGGAGAGCGCAUCAUGUAUAAAAUUUAAUUCACUGUCCGAAAAACCUCAUAACAUAUCCUGGAUCUAUAUAACUAAUCCUAAGAGAGAAAGAGAAUGUGUUCACGAAGCAAAGUAUCACGACGACGGGGAAAUUACAUUAGUACUAGGAUAUGAUUGUCUCAAGGAAAACGAAAUAUUACAUGCUUUACUUCAUGGUAUUGGAUUGAAGGAUGAAGUCACGCAUCCUCAUAGAGAACGCUAUAUACGAGUUCUUUGGAAUAACAUUCGUCCAGAACGUCUUAAACUCUAUAGAAUUGAACCGCAAGAUGCAUCUAAAGUAUUGGCAGAGUAUGAUCCCUUAAGUAUAAUGCACUUUCAUGACCGCGCGUUCAGCAGCAAUGGGCAACCAACCAUUGUACCUUUGAUAUCUGGAUUAAUGAUUAAUCCAUCGGAAGAUUUAUCACAAUUAGAUAAGAUGAAACUCCGUCUGUUAUUUGAACACGAGUGCAAUAAAAGAAAAGUUGGCGAUUUAUUAGAUUCUUGUAAAAAUGCCUUUCAUAAAAAACUUGAGGGUUCAGUAGAGGAUGCUAGUCACAAUGUACAAGAAGAUAAUGUCAGUAAUAAUGCCAAAGCCGAAGAAUUGUCUGGUGAACACAAAGAGGGUAAAGAGAAGUUGAAAGACACUUUGGGAGAUAAUGAUGAGAUGUCUCAUGAUGCUAAUGUCAGUGAUAAAGUAAGUGAAAAUGACAAUGAAGUUCACGAACAUCGUGCAGAAAAAAGCGCAAACCAUGAUCAAGAAGAAAACAUGGAUCAAGACAAAGUUCAAGAUGACUCUAAGGAUAGGUCUUAAAAGUUGAAAUUAAAAUAUAACACUUUCAAUUUAUGAAAAAUUAAUAUACU